UUUCGAGACACACACACUGACGCACACCGAUAGACACGAGCAAAUUGAAUUGGCUACUCGAAAGGAAUAAGGGAUUGUGAAUGGAUCUGGCCGGGAUCAGCUUGUGGCUUCUCCUGCUCCAUUUCAGCCGCAUCCCGCCCAUCGCUGGUCACUACAAAUGCAGGGAAUGUGAACAGUACAAGUUCAAGCUGCCGGAGAGAUGCAAGUACGUGAGGGAGGCGGCUCAGGUGUUUGAGCGAAAGUGUGGCGGCACCUAUCCACUAAUGGCAUUCACCAAAUAUCGGGAUACCUUUAUAAAGACCGGCGAGCCAUUUGCCCUGUACAUGCCGAGCUCCUUGGAUUACGUGAUGGUGCUGAUGAAGGAUUCGGCACUGCAGCAUUGUGCGCGUAUUCAAGUGGGCAAUACAAACAUGUUCUUUUGCCUGGACGAUGUCAACAAUGAGACAAUCAAACUGGACGUGGCCCACAUGUAUUGCUUCCCAUUUCACAUCCAGCUGCCGGAUGAUCUGAUGCAGGAGUGCCUCAAGGAGAACAAGAUGACCGAUGGCUAUCUGAACGAUGUACUCCGCACCCGGCGCGGCAUCAUCCACUAUACCUUUGGCGAUAGUCGGGGCCAUCGGCUCAUUUGCGGAUAUUUCUGGCCGAAGCUCCUGCUCCUCGUGCUUCUCCUGCCAUCGAUGAUGAGUCGUAAAUUUUUAUGCGAGCUGCCAUAAAGAUUGAUCG